AUUAUUCCAUUGCAUCAUCCUUCUCUGCCAAUCCGCGUUAGCUAUCUGAAGAAAGAAAAAGCAAAAAGAAAUGAGAACAACUGGAGGCGGAAAAAAAGAAAAAUAGGAAAAUUAGUAAAUCCCAUUUCUUCACUAAUACUAGCAGCAGUCUGUUCGCGCGAUCUUCUUCCCAAGCGAGCUGCGACCCUUUCCCCCACAACAAUGGCGCGUCGAUCGCUUUCCGCCAACCUCCUCCUCUUUCUCUUCACCUUCGCUCUCUUCCACACUCACGCGCUCUCCAAAACCCUCAAACGCGACGUCAAGGCUUUGAACGAGAUCAAGUCGUCGCUCGGGUGGAGAGUGGUGUACGCUUGGGUGGGCGACGAUCCCUGCGGUGGCGACGGCCUCCAGCCUUGGUCCGGCGUCACCUGCUCCACUCAAGGAGACUACAGAGUCGUUACCGAAUUGGAAGUGUAUGCCGUGUCGAUCGUUGGCCCGUUUCCUACUGCCGUGACUAAUCUGUUGGAUCUCACCAGAUUAAAUUGGAAAUGUUUCUGCAAAAUUAGGGAUUUCCAUAACAACAAGCUGACUGGGCCAAUCCCUCCACAGAUUGGAAGAUUGAAGCGUCUCAAGAUACUGAACUUGAGGUGGAACAAAUUGCAAGAUUCCAUUCCUCCUGAAAUUGGUGAACUCAAGAGUUUGACACACUUGUAUUUGAGCUUCAAUAACUUCAAAGGAGAGAUUCCAAGGGAGCUGGCUAAUCUUCCCGAGCUCCGGUACCUUUACUUGCAAGAAAAUCGGUUUGUUGGGCGAAUUCCUGCAGAAUUGGGAACGUUGCAGAACCUUCGUCACUUAGAUGUUGGCAACAAUCAUUUGGUGGGCACCAUCAGGGAACUAAUACGUAUUGAAGGUUGCUUCCCUGCCCUUCGCAACCUCUAUUUGAACAACAAUUAUCUGACUGGAGGAGUCCCUGCUCAGCUUGCUAACUUGACAAACUUGGAGAUCUUGCACCUGUCUUCGAAUAAAAUGACUGGAGUAAUACCUGUUGGACUUGCUCACAUCCCGAAAUUGACCUACCUGUACCUAGAUCACAAUCAAUUCACAGGAAGAAUUCCUGAAGCCUUCUAUAGACAUCCAUUCUUGAAAGAGAUGUACAUUGAAGGAAGCUCGUUCAAGCCUGGUGUAAACCCAAUAGGCAUGCAUAAAGUCUUUGAAGUAUCUGAUGCAGAUUUUGUAGUUUAAAAGUCCAUCCCUUAUUGUAUCAAUUUCUUUACCACUUGUUUUCGCCCUCGUUACAAGCCUAUACAUAGAAAGCUCAAAAUGAAUCAUGUAUGGAAAAUUCAUAAUCAUGUCUUGCCAAUGUAGACGUUGCCAUUAAAUCAGUUUUGGGAGGCCACAAUGUUGAACUGUUGAAUAUCAUAAUCGUAUUGUAAAAUUUUGCCUCAUUUCAUUGUCAAGUGGGAGAAGAAAAUUCGGGCUGAGUAUGCAUCUUCUCCAUGACAUAAUAGAU